CAUAAACAGAGCUGAGCGCCUGAGCCGCAGCACGAGAGGUCAAAAGUUAUGGUCCUGUCCUGUAACACGAACCGAACAUAAUACAGAGACAUGGCCAGCACCAUGGUGGCAGCGGGCCUGGCUCUGGCAGCAGCUGGUUUCGCAGGCCGUUACGCCAUGCAGGCCAUGAAACAGAUGGAGCCUCAAAUGAAGCAGGCCUUUCAGAUUUUGCCGAAGACGGCCUUUGGAGGCGGGUACUAUCGGGGCGGAUUUGAACCAAAGAUGACAAAAAGAGAAGCUGCUCUUAUUUUAGGUGUCAGUCCCACAGCCAACAAGACCAAGAUUAGAGAGGCCCACAGAAAACUGAUGAUCCUGAACCAUCCAGAUAGAGGAGGAUCUCCAUAUAUGGCAGCAAAAAUAAACGAAGCGAAGGACCUCAUGGACGGCCAGGCCAAGAAAUAGACCUGACGAUGUUAAUAAAACUAUUUCUUCUUCAUGCUGAUUUACUGGCUGAUUUUUUUUUAAUUAUCAAAUAAAAUCAUUGUACAAACUUGUAA